UUCAAUUGUUGCAUACCAGCCGGCGGGUGACAACAGCCACACGUUUGAUGUCACAGCGAUGUUCAAGUCCAUUGGGAUCUUCCUGGGGAUAUUCAGUGGAUCUUUUGCAAUGGGAGCUGCUACUGGAGUUGUGACAGCUUUAGUCACCAAGUUCACCAAACUUCGGGAGUUCCCGUUGCUGGAGACCGGUUUGUUCUUCCUGAUGUCCUGGAGCACGUUCCUGCUGGCCGAAGCGUGCGGCUUUACAGGUGUGGUGGCCGUACUCUUCUGUGGGAUCACACAGGCCCAUUACACCUAUAACAACUUGUCUACAGAGUCCCAACACAGAACUAAGCAGUUGUUUGAGCUUCUGAAUUUCUUGGCAGAAAACUUCAUCUUCUCCUACAUGGGACUUGCACUGUUCACCUUCCAGAACCAUGUCUUUAACCCUACCUUCGUGGUGGGGGCUUUCCUUGCUAUCUUCCUAGGAAGAGCUGCCAAUAUUUACCCACUAUCAUUUUUACUGAAUUUGGGGAGAAGAAAUAAGAUCGGAACGAAUUUACAGCAUAUGAUGAUGUUUGCUGCGCUCCUCAUCGUCUUCUUUACGGUGUGGGUUUUCGGUGGGGGCACCACGGCCAUGCUGUCCUGCCUGAAUAUCCGGGUCGGCGUGGAUGCGGAUCAGGAGAACGUGGGCAUCCCGGAGAGCGAGAGGAGGAGUACGAAGGCAGAAAGUGCCUGGCUGUUCCGCAUGUGGUACAACUUUGAUCACAACUAUCUAAAGCCUCUGCUGACGCACAGCGGUCCUCCUCUGACGACCACGCUCCCGGGGUGCUGUGGGCCUGUUGCCCGGUGCCUGACAAGUCCGCAGGCAUAUGAAAAUCAAGAGCAGCUGAAGGACGAUGACUCUGACCUCAUUUUGAACGAUGGGGACAUCAGUCUGACCUACGGGGAUUCCACCGUCAACACUGACUCUGUCGCAUCCAGUGGCACAUCGCGGCGGUUCGUGGGAAACAGCUCUGAAGACGCCCUUGAUCGGGAGCUUGCUUUUGGGGACCAUGAACUCGUAAUCCGGGGAACACGCCUGGUCCUUCCCAUGGACGAUUCAGAGCCACCGUCAAACGUCCUGGAUAACGCAAGACAUGGUCCAGCAUAAGGUUGCUCAGUUUAAUUGACAGUAAUAUUUGCAUAUAUGAUCAAGAAAUAUGUACUACCUAAAGUCUAAUGCAUGUCUCAAAAUGUCUAAGCUGUAUAAAUAUUAUUUAUAUGGUGUCAGAAGAAUAUAAAUAUUCUCUGCCAAGCACUUGUAAAGAACAAGCUGCAAAUUUAAGUUAAAAACU